CUGGGUGGUUAUUCGAGUCGAUUCGAUCCGAUUCGAGUCGAUUCGAGUCGAUUCGAGCCGAUUCGAGCCGAUUCGAGUCGAUUCGAGCCGAUUCGAGCCGAUUCGAAUCGAUUCGAAUCGAUUCGAAUCGAUUCGAAUCGAUUCGAAUCGAUGAAAAAUUGGGGUUUUCGCCUUCACAGUUACUUCUGGGUGGUUAUUCGAGUCGAUUCGAUCCGAUUCGAGUCGAUUCGAGUCGAUUCGAGCCGAUUCGAGCCGAUUCGAGUCGAUUCGAGCCGAUUCGAUCCGAUUCGAAUCGAAUCGAUUCGAAUCGAUUCGAAUCGAUUCGAAUCGAUUCGAAUCGAUGAAAAAUUGGGGUUUUCGCCUUCACAGUUACUUCUGGGUGGUUAUUCGAGUCGAUUCGAUCCGAUUCGAGUCGAUUCGAGUCGAUUCGAGCCGAUUCGAGCCGAUUCGAGUCGAUUCGAGCCGAUUCGAUUCGAAUCGAUUCGAGCCGAUUCGAAUCGAUUCGAAUCGAUUCGAAUCGAUGAAAAAUUGGGGUUUUCGCCUUCACAGUUACUUCUGGGUGGUUAUUCGAGUCGAUUCGAUCCGAUUCGAGUCGAUUCGAGUCGAUUCGAGCCGAUUCGAGCCGAUUCGAGUCGAUUCGAGCCGAUUCGAGCCGAUUCGAAUCGAUUCGAAUCGAUUCGAAUCGAUUCGAAUCGAUUCGAAUCGAUGAAAAAUUGGGGUUUUCGCCUUCACAGUUACUUCUGGGUGGUUAUUCGAGUCGAUUCGAUCCGAUUCGAGUCGAUUCGAGUCGAUUCGAGCCGAUUCGAGCCGAUUCGAGUCGAUUCGAGCCGAUUCGAGCCGAUUCGAAUCGAUUCGAAUCGAUUCGAAUCGAUUCGAAUCGAUUCGAAUCGAUGAAAAAUUGGGGUUUUCGCCUUCACAGUUACUUCUGGGUGGUUAUUCGAGUCGAUUCGAUCCGAUUCGAGUCGAUUCGAGUCGAUUCGAGCCGAUUCGAGCCGAUUCGAGUCGAUUCGAGCCGAUUCGAUCCGAUCCGAUUCGAGUCGAUUCGAGUCGAUUCGAGUCGAUUCGAAUCGAUUCGAAUCGAUUCGAAUCGAUUCGAAUCGAUUCGAAUCGAUGAAAAAUUGGGGUUUUCGCCUUCACAGUUACUUCUGGGUGGUUAUUCGAGUCGAUUCGAUCCGAUUCGAGUCGAUUCGAGUCGAUUCGAGCCGAUUCGAGCCGAUUCGAGUCGAUUCGAGCCGAUUCGAGCCGAUUCGAAUCGAUUCGAAUCGAUUCGAAUCGAUUCGAAUCGAUUCGAAUCGAUGAAAAAUUGGGGUUUUCGCCUUCACAGUUACUUCUGGGUGGUUAUUCGAGUCGAUUCGAUCCGAUUCGAGUCGAUUCGAGUCGAUUCGAGCCGAUUCGAGCCGAUUCGAGUCGAUUCGAGCCGAUUCGAGCCGAUUCGAAUCGAUUCGAAUCGAUUCGAAUCGAUUCGAAUCGAUUCGAAUCGAUGA